CUUGGUUACAUAUAUAGGGAUCAAACCGAUUGCCCACAGACGACGGAUUAUAUUGUAAAAGAUUGUUUUUCUAAGGGAAAUUGUCGCAUCAUGAGUGACGAAAAAAAGGAGAUCGAGGAUGAGGUCCCAUGCUUCUGUUCUCAGAGAUGGCUUCUGUCAUAUACCGCCUUUCUGGGGUUUUGUUGUGUGUACGCGGUCCGUGUAAACUUUAGUGUGGCUAUCGUUUGUAUGGUGAAGACGUCGGACGUCGUCGAUAAUGGAACUGGCCAAGCAAACCUUUCAGAUGCUGGCACCUGUGUUGCAGAAGCGGCAAACGCCCAUAACUAUGAUCACGCUGAGUUUGACUGGGAUAAAAACACACGUUCGACAAUGCUGGCCUCUUUUUUCUAUGGAUACAUUUGUACUCAGAUCAUCGGUGGCUGGCUUUCAGACAGGUUUGGCGGGAAACGUGUGCUAGGGUACACCACGCUGAUUGCCUCUAUUUGUACACUCCUCACGCCAGUGUGUGCACGGGCCUCGGUUCCGCUUGUCUACGUCCUGCGAGUUAUUCUUGGUUUAUCUACAGGCGUAUCCUUCCCUGCCAUGCAGUCGAUUUGGGGCCGAUGGGCGCCGCCUUUUGAACGCAGUAAACUUGUUUCUGUGUCAUAUUUAGGGACUAUGUUUGGAAAUAUCGCCACCUUUGCUUCAUCGGGUAUUUUGUGUGACUACGGAUUCGACAAUGGAUGGGGUUCAAUCUUCUACAUAACUGGUGGUCUUUCCUUUUUCUGGGUCUUACUGUGGUUUUACGUUGCAUCCGAUUCACCACAGGAACACAAGCGGAUUACCGGUGCGGAACGAGAGUACAUCACGUCUCAGAUUGAAUACGACACCACUAACAGGACGGCUCGAGUGCCCUGGAAGGAUGUCUUUAAGUCACGUGCAUUGUGGGCAUGUCUUACCGCCCACGUAUGCAACAACUGGACCAAUUAUACUCUUCUCACCAGCCUGCCGGCCUUUAUGAAAGCAGUUUUGCAUUUUGACAUAAAACAAAACGGUGCAUUGUCAGCUGUCCCUUAUUUGUGUCAGGCUUUAUCUGGGUUUGUAGCUGGACAGUCCGCUGAUUUCCUUAGAUCUCGGAAAAUCCUGUCGACGACAGCCACAAGGCGGAUGUACCAGGUGUCAGCAUUCCUGGGAGCAGGUGUAUUUUCCGUUGCAACUGGCUUCUCCACAUGUGAGAAUCGAGAUAUGGCCGUGAUUUUCCUAUCUCUCGCCGUCAUGUUUACAGGGCUGUCCAGGGCAGCAUACGUUGUCAACCAUGUUGACUUUGCACCAAAAUAUGCUGGCGUACUUUACGGAAUAACUAACACAGCAGCAACUAUACCGGGCAUGGUGGCACCGAUCGUAGCCGGGGCGCUCACACCAAACGACACCCCAGAGGAAUGGCGGAACGUUUUUUACGUGUGUGCCGCCUUUGACCUGUUCGGUGCAUUGGUAUUUGGGAUGUUUGGUUCUGGUGAACUAGAACCUUGGGCUCGGGAUGAUGAUUACGAUAAACAAAUUGACGCUGUAAUCAGCACAAAUAUUGAUGUUGAGAAGGUCCUAGAAGCGGGAAACAAAACUAACGACGAAAAUGCCGAAAUGGAGAAUGGAUUCAUAGAUGGGUUAGAUGAGAAUACUAAGAAAACUGACUCCUUGGGACACAGGGGAGAUAAAUCUGUACCAGAAUCUAGCCCUGCCUUGAUAAACGAUGUAUCACCGAAUCAACAGAUUGACAUAGAUGAUCCGAAGCCAAAAGGAGAAGAUGACUUCGAUAUUAGUGACACAGCUGACUCCGUAAACCAUACAUUGUCUGAAAUAAUUCUUUGUGGUACAACUAUACUAUUAGAUACUCUGAUUGAUGAGCAAUGGAAACGAGAACAAACAUAACAGUUAUAUAAAUUACCGGGAUGAACUUAGAUUUAGAUUAAUCUUAUUUCAAUAACAUGUUCGCUGUACAUAUUAUAUGAUAUAUACAUAUAAAGAUGUCGAUUUGUGACUAAUAAAUACUAAACUUGUACUCUCGAAAAUAAAAUCAUUGAUUACA